AUGACAAUGGCUCCACCUCCAGCAACGCCGAGUGCUUCCUCCAAACCGCGUCUCCCCCCCAAAAGCGCAGCAACAGCGCCUGCUACCGGCAGAGUCACUCGUCUUCGGGCUGCUAAAGAGGCCGUUGCAAGUCCUGCAGAAACCUCAAGACAACCAGGCUUCCUCACAAAAGGAAAAGAAGGGUUUAGAAAGGUAUCAGGGAAGAUUGGACAGAAAGAGAAGGUGGCACCGACACCGAGAGCAAAGCUUGCCGCACAACCCAUUUCUAAACCUGAAGCAAGUGCUGAGAGUCUAAAGGCGUACUUGAGAAUACGGCCGCCUCCGGUCCCAGAUUUGGUUUCGACAGCCCGACCGUAUCUCGAGAUUCAGUCAGAGACUGAUGUGUUGAUGCGCGCUCCUGCAGAGAAUGCUCGGCACCACAUUCCUAGACCACCCCAUCUCUUCUCAUUCGAUCGAGUCUUUCCUCCCGAUACGGCUCAAUCUCCCUUUUUCACGACUACUACUCUUCCCCUUGUGGAGAAACUGUUACAAGGAGAGAAUGGUCUUCUAUUCGCUUAUGGUGUAAGCAAUAGCGGGAAGUCGUAUACCAUUCAAGGUGGGAAUACAACAUCGACGACGGAGAGAGGUGUGCUUCCUAGGGCCAUUGAUGUCGUUUUCAAUUCAAUCGAGGGUUCAGAAAGCAAAGCAAACCUUCAACCUCAAGGCCUUGCAGAUGUGGUCUUGUGCGACGAAGUUGAUGGCUCCCUGAACAUUGUUGACCCUCUGGCUGCAACGGAACCGAGGACAGACGAAGCCGUGAAGGUCGAUAAAAACUUCUCUUAUGCUGUUUUUAUAUCGUACGCUGAGGUGUAUAAUGAGAAGAUUUUCGAUCUCCUCGAAGCUGUACUCCCAACAUCCUCUCCGUCAGCUUCCAUUUUUCCUCGCCCCAGAGCAACUUAUGACAAGUUUCCUCGAACAUCUCACAUGCAAGGUAUUCCAUCCGUCCUUAAUUCCUCCUUUAACAUGGCUGCCAUGGCGAAUGGUGGUGGAGGUGUGCUCAAGAGGCAGGCCCUUAGCUUGAAGAAUGAUCCUGAUGGAAAUGGAAAAUAUAUCGCUGGGCUGAAAGAUGUCCGUGUGCGAACCAGAGAAGAAGCUCUUGCGGUCUUCCGAUCUGGCCAGAACGCUCGGCAAGUAUUCGGUACCCUCGCGAACCGAGAAUCCAGCCGAAGUCAUGGCAUUUUCACCAUCAAAGUCGUCCGUGUCCACAAUGGCGCACCGGAGGACCCCGAUUCCGCUCAAGUCUCCCGCCUCGCCAUUGUUGAUCUCGCUGGCUCUGAGAGGAAUAGGAACACGCAUACUACUGGUGACAGAUUGAAGGAGGCGGGUAACAUCAACAAGUCGCUCAUGGUGUUGGGUCAAUGCCUUGAAGUACUGCGGUCGAAUCAGCAAAAGUUGUCAGCAUCCUCUGCCGUGGGAGUCAAGAAAAGGAUUGCGGUCGUACCGUUUAGACAUUCAAAAUUGACAGAGAUCUUCCAAAACUUCUUUGUUGGUGAUGGGCGAGCAGUUAUCAUCAUCAACGUCAAUCCAUACGACACAGGCUUCGACGAGAACUCGCAUGUCAUGCGGUUUUCCGCUUCUGCCCGCGAAGUGCAGACCACCGCUUCCAAUCGAGUCGGCCUCCCACUCCUCAAACGUCAAAUUAGCACCCAGUUUAAUGCUUUCAAACAUGCUGUCAGCGCGCCUAUGAAAAUCAAGGUGACUGUUCCGGUCAUCCCGAAAGAUGAUGGUGCGGCGAGCCAGGCGAUGAAAAGUAAGAUUUUUGCGGAAAGGGAGAGUCAAGGUUUUGUCAUGGUUGAGGAAGAGUUGGAAGUCAAAGAGGAGGAUGCGGAGGAUGAAGAUGAGGAGGACAAGGAUCUGCUUGUAGAGUAUCUGUUUGAUCAGCUCAAGGAAAUGAAAACCAGACUUUAUGAAUCCGAAAUGCGGGCGGCUGCCAUCGAAGUUGAAGUACGCGAGGAAGUUGCCCGAGAGAUGCAAGAGGCAAUGCAAAGAAUGCACAAAGAAUUUUCUCAGCGAUUGAACGAACAUGUCGCAGCGAGCGAGCUCAAAGCUGACCGAAAGAUCGACAUUGUCAUGCGUACUAUGACGCCUGCUGUAUCACGUAUCGCUCGAUAUGAACUCUCUCCUGCCGAAUCUUCAUAUGCGGAUCGCGAUGAGUCGCGAGAUGACCUGAGCAUAGAGAAGAGCUUUGAGUCCGCCAUUGAUGAGUCUUUGCUUGUUUCUGGCGACGAUUCCAUGGUUUCCUCCCACUCCGAUCCUUUCCUUGCCAAACCUGCAUCCACUAUCCCUAAGCUCACAAUUUCUCGUGACUCCACAAGUCACCGUACACUAGCUGAUCGGGAGAGUGAUAGAGAAAUGAUAAAAGAGGAGGUUAAGAAACAUGACGAAGAGUAUGAAGAUGAGCUUACCAGGAGCGAGGAUGAGAGAUCUAUGGUGCAUGAAAAUGAAGAGAAGGAGGGUAUUGAAGAAGAAGAAGAAAAGGAAAAUGAUGAGGAGGAAGAAGAAAGUGAGGAGGAAGAGGAGAAAGAGGAAGAGGAGGAAGAGGAGGAAGAAGAGGAAGAGGAAGAGGAAGGACCCGAUUCGGAUGGCUCGGCAUUUACCAUCUCUGACGAAGAAGUUUCAGAAGAUGAUGAGAGCGAGCCUUCCCCACCUCGUCGUCUAUCUAGUGUCAAGCGCAAGGAUAGCAACCCCAUCAAGCGUAUUCCUGCCAAGGUUCCUUCCAGGCUGCAGGCAUCUAGCCCACUAACUCCCGGAGCUGUCAAGGGAAACAAGAUGACCCACGACGCGACCUCAAAGGCAACUUCUAAGACAGAGAAGUCUCGGGAGCCUGUGUUCGAGACUCCAGGCCCUCUGAGCGUGAGAGUGGGACAACUUCAGCUUGGCGAUGAUGAUGACGAUGAGUUGCCGAUAAAGACAACGGUGAAGAAGAAGAGGACGCUUGGGAAAAAGAAGGUCGUGACUGAGGAUGAUAUGGAGAGGAAUGAUAUGGAUAUCUCUGGAGCAGAAGUCAAGAGACUGAUUCGCGGGGCCAAGUAAUAAGAGGACGAGAGGACGGAUGAAGUCGAUGACAAACUCUCUGUGUAACGAUUGUAUAUAUACCCUAAUGUAUUUUGUUACGACGUAGGCCGUAUACGCACCGUCUGGGGAAAACUGACCGGUUUCCCACCGCU